UAUAAAUAAGCAUCUAGCCCAUCACCAACCAAAUUCAGUCACUUGAAUUCGAAUUAAGCUCUUGCUUUCAUCCUCUCUGUUUCUAGUUUUGUUCGUCGAAGUAUCAGUAUCUUGUGUUUCGGUUGACCGGCCGGAGAGAUGAAGGUGGUGUUGUGGAUGUGUAUGGCGGUGGUGGGGGUUGCUCUCCUAGUCCCGGCGGCAUCUCUUUUUCCGGGCGGAGGAAAUCCGUGGGAGGCGUUCAUGUAUCCGUAUAAGCCUCAAUACGGCAAUGGGGAUAUGGGGAACAUUUACAUGAAUCAAGCAACGGAAACUGAGAUCCUAGUUCAAUGCAAAGAGACUUCCAACGCCUAUAUUUAUACUCUACAAAUUCCUGGUAUGAAAAAAGAGGACGUCAAAGUAGAAGUUGAAAAACAUAUUCUAAGAAUCAAAGGUGAGGAGAAAAAAUAUGACAAGGAAAAAGGAGAGGUGCAUUGGUCGUAUGGGCAGUUCUGGAAGCAAAUCCCACUUGCAGAGGAUGCUAAGGGGGAUGACAUUCACACAGAUGUCUCCAAUGGUGUUCUCACCAUCACUGUCCCUAGGCAUUCCCACAGGAGAAUGCCCUGAUGAAUUGAGCCCAACAACUUACUAAAACAACAACAAGAUAACAUGUGAUCAUCAAUUACACCUAAUGUAUCAGUAUGUGACUACUUUGACUCAUGUACAUAGAUAAAUAAAUCUAUGGACUAUCAGUAUAUAGUGGGUGUGGAUCUAGAAUUUCCAUGCUGCUGCUUUGAAUGUU